UAAAAUUAGACCAAUUCACUGAAUUAUCACCAUGAUGUGCUUGGUAUAUAAACAGCGACACAAACCUCCAGUUCCAAAACAAGUUGAUAGGUAUUGACUGUCAAUAAUGAAACUCUUCAUAGCCUUAGCCUUAAUAGUGUCGGUGAGCGCCGUUCCCCUCCAGGAAUUGGAGAGCGAAUGGAUUGCAUUCAAGAAUGAAUUCCGUGGGAACUCCUACUUCGGUGGUGAGGGCGAGGAGUCGGUGCGCCGGCAGAUCUUUGAGACCAACUACGCGUACAUCACUGCCCAUAACGCUGAGGCCGACAAAGGUCUCCACACUUUCCGAUUGGGUGUCAACCAGUUUGCAGACAUGACUAAC